GGAGAAGCAGGGCGAGACGAUCAGCUUCAUCAGAGACAGGGGUUUUUCCUCAACAUGGCUGUUUCUUACGGGCUCCUCACUUCUGUGCUCUUUCUGCUCCUCUUCAUAACAGACAUUUCAGCACAGCAACAAGGGUGUUCUGUUAGUGACAGUGAACCAAGUGUUUAUGAAAAUAACUCUCCUGGCUAUGUGCUGACCACUAUCCAUGUGGAUUCAGGCUUCACUGUGACCAUUGAUCCUACUUCCCAAGAUGCCAAGUUUUUCACUAUACAGGGGUCUGAACUGCAGCUGACUGAAUCUGUGGACUAUGAGGAAAACACUGUGCUGAUAGUGACCCUGAUUUGUUGGCACUCUGACGUGCAGAGUAAUUCCUUGGACAUUCUGGUGACCAUUCUCAAUGAGAACGACAACAGCCCCGUGUUCAAGCAAACCAACCUCACCCAAGUUGUUCCUGAGGAUACAAAAGUGAAUGCAACCAUUAUAGCCCGUGAGGAGUUAACUGCCAGUGAUGCCGACCUGGACACCAUCUUCUAUGAACUCACAACAACAGUGCAGGACACAGAGGGUUAUUUUGCCAUAAAAGGAAUUAAUAACCCAGAAAUUUAUUUAAGAAGAGCUUUGGACUAUGACAAAUUUAAACUGACAACAUUGAUGCUGUAUGCACGGGACAGGCCUGUGGGCAGCUCCGACACCACCAACACAGCUACUGCAACAAUAAAUAUACUUAUUGAACAGUCGGACACCAAACCACCCUGGUUCCUACCCUGUACCUUCAUUAACACGGACAACAACAUCUGCAUCAGCAGUCCCUACACUGGGAGGGUCAAUAUCUCCGAGGUGUCGAAGGAACCCCUCAUCCUGGAGCCGGGGCCUAUCUACGCUAUUGAUCCUGACUACACUAUAAAUGAAAGAAUUGUCUACAGUAUUGUUGGUGGGGAUACAGACAAAGUAUUCUCAGUGGAUGCAGACACGGGGAAUCUGACUAUGAACAAAGCAGUCACUUCCCCAGAUGGGUUCCUCCUGCAGGUCAUGGCCACCCAGGUCAACAACAUCCAGAAAUACUCCGUAGCCAGUGUAGAGAUUAAGGUCGUCAAUAAAAGUGAGCAUCCACCAUACUUUGAGAACAAGAUCUACAGUGGCCGCGUGUCUGUUGGUCUGGCCCCGAGAAGCUUUGUCUUCCAAGCUGGUGAUCCUUCAAGCCCCCUGAUGAUAACGGCAGUGGAUGAUGACUUCCCUGGUAAAGUCAACCCAAACAUUGAGUACUACAUAAAAAACAGCACUGACUUCAUUGCAACCAAAGACGGAUUCAUCCUGACUAAUGUGGUGCUGCAGUCCCCAGAAACCAUAACCGUUGAGGCUGUUGGGAAAGACACGGUGAGCCUGCAGGAAGCAAGCACUGUGAUUGUGGUGGAGGUCACGCAUGCCACAGCUGGAGCUGUAACCUCCUCUGAUAAGGCGUACACUGCUCAGGAUAUGGCUAUCUUAGGUGGGAUAUUAGCAGCACUGUUAUUACUUGCCUUAGUCUUCCUUGGAGUGAUGAUAUAUAAACAGUACAGAAAACCAGUCAAAUACUUGAUAAGGAAAAAGUUCUCAAAGGAAAUCCCUGGGGGUUUCCAGAACCAAAGCUACAAGCGAGAUUCACUCCCAGAUGUGAGCACCAAAGAGCACGAGACACCAGAGAACGGCAGUGUUGGGUCAGUGACACAUGUACUGAAGCAACCAGCAUUUCCAUUGCCCUCUUCCAAUGCAGAAGAAAUGAACAGCCCCCCCAAGCCUUCUGUAGCCUCCACCAUCACCUUUGACCAGGAAGAGAAAGAGGAAGAAGUGGAAGAGACUGAGCCUAAGAAGGAAGUGAAGUCUAUCCUCAAGACAGACAGGAAUAUGGCAGAUGAUGGCUACAAAGCUGUGUGGUUUAAGACCAGUGUGGAUCCAGAAGCUAGAGAAACAGUUGAGGUGAUUGAGGACAAUGCAGUAGAUAGUGAUGAUGAGAGUGACCAAGAUAUGCAGGAGAAGGAGGAGGAGGAAGAGGAAGAAGAUUAUGACAAGAAUGAUGACCACAGAGGGCUGGGAGUGUCCUCAGCCUGAGAGCUCCCCACCAGCUGCAGAACUGAUGGUCAACAAGUCUCACACAGAUGACAGUGACCUAGGAUGGAAAUAGGCCUGCACCCACCCUCAUCUCUCCUUCCCCCAGAAAAAAGGGGGAGUCUAAGCUGCUUUGCUGACAUGGAGCCCCUCUUUCUGCUCAGAGGAAAAGCCGGGAUGCAGGAGGAUGAGGUUGCCUGUCCUGCUUGCCUGAAUGCAGUGCUUAAAGCCAGAAGAGAUUAUAGCUACUUCAACACUUUUGUGAGACCUUGAAGUAUCACUUAGGAUCUGGGGGAUGGAUGGAUGUGUUUCAUGGGAGCAAUUGAGCCACACAACCCAGUGCUCACCUCCUCUCGAUGGGUAAAUAAGCCAUCACUGACUCCUUGGCUGUUCCUUUUAGGGUGUUUGAUGCCAACUGCAGGGUGUAAGGCAGGACAAGUCACCCUGACCCUGUUUCAGACUGUAUCCAGAAGCUCGUUUCAGGGCUUGGCUCUGCUUUCCACCAUGCCAGACUCUACUCCAGCACCAGCAGCUGGUAUGUGCCACCAUUGUCCUUGUCCUGCCAGCAGCCAGGAAUUUACAUGCUGGGGAGCUGCUGUUUCCUCUGUUACUGAUAAACAAAGGCUGAUCACA